UCCCCUUUAAAAAGAGGGGUGUGUUUCUGGAGGGUUCAACACUCUCUGGAGACUGCACGAAUGUGGGGAUUAUGCAGCGAUUUGACGUAAGAUCAGCUGUUGCUGGGAGGCAGCUCCACCGAGAACAGAGCAGCGUCUGAGGCGAAGGCAGAAGAAGGGGAAGAAUUUGUCUAAACAAAAAAAAAAUGCAGCUGGAAUAAACUCAGCCACUGCAAGCUAGCUCCCUCCCUCUCCCCCCAUCCCACCCCCCUUCAAAGAAAACCUCCCUCCCUCCUCACUACAAACCGCAGGCUUGCAACUUGACGUUAAGCGACAUUGAAGAACGGAAAAGCCGCAGUUUCAGGGACAACUAUCCACCCCUGGAAAGCAGCAACAUCCUCCUCCUUCUGUUGACCUGCAGGAAUAGAAACUGCAAUUCAGUUCUCCAGAAAAUGGAGCUGCUGUCAACACCCCACAACAUCAAAAUCACUAACAUUACCUGCGAUUCGUUUAAGAUCUGCUGGGACACUGAUGUGAAAGACAGGGAGCGAAUCACACAUUACUUUGUUGACCUCAACAAGAAAGAAAACAAGGAUUCCAACAAAUUCAAGCACAGGGAUGUCCCUACCAAACUGGUGGCCAAAGCUGUGGCGCUACCGAUGACAGUGCGAGGACAUUGGUUCCUGAGCCCCCGCACAGAGUACAGCGUCGCGGUCCAGGUUGCCAUCAAGCAGAGCGACGGAGAAUACCUCGUGUCUGACUGGAGUGAGGUGGUGGAAUUCUGCACUGGAGAUUAUUCUACUGCCCAUUUGAAACAAUUGUUGGAGAAGGCGGAAGCAAUUGCGGGACGGAUGCUGAGAUUCUCAGUCUUCUAUCGGAACCAUCACGAGGAAUAUUUUGAAUACAUAAGGACGCACCACAAUGGGGUCAUGCAGCCCUACCUGAAGGACAGCAGCGGCAGCCACGGCUCGCCAGUGAACGGCACGCUGUAUGGAGUCUUCUUCAGCUGCAACACCGAGUUCAACACCGGCGAGCCGCAGAUGGACUCACCAUAUGGUCGGCUGCGGUUCCGGGUGGAUGCCGAGAAGCUCUUCAAUCCCGGCACCAACCUGUACUUUGCUGAUCUCUAUUGCAUGUAUACCGCCUACCACUACGUCAUUCUGGUGCUGGCACCCAAGGGUUCUGCCGGCGACCUGUUCUGCCGCGAACGGCUCCCUCUGCUGGACAGCGCAAACAACCCCUUCCUGACCUGCACCCAGGACCCUGAAGGCCGGCUGGUCUUCCACCACGCCCAGGACCUCAUCUUGGAACUGAUUUACACCCAGCCGCUCAGCCUGUCCCUGGGCACCCUCGGCGAGAUCGGCGGCCACCAGCUUAUGAGCCUCUCCACUGCUAAUGCCAAGAAGGACCCCAGCUGCAAGACCUGCAACAUCAGCGUCGGACGUUAGAGUCAGCGACGGGAGGGGAAGGGG